AUGUAUACAACAAGAAUCUAAUCUAUCUCAGUCUCACUAGUCUCAGUAUCUGAUCUUGAUCUAGUCUAGAUCUAGAUCAGAUAGAUAGAUCUUGAUCUACUAGUUAUGUAUUAUUGCAUUAUAAUUUUAUUAUCUAUAUAUCUAGAAUGGAAUAACUAAGAAUAGAUCUAGUCAAAUCUAGUGACUUGUAGAUCUUCACCAAGUUUUACGAGUUUAGAAUCUAGACUGGCUAGACAGUGACAGUCGUGUUCCUUAUUUUAUGCAUGUUUUCAUUUAUUAAGUUGAGCCAGUUGAGGUUAUUUGUAACUAAUUUCGUAUCUCAUUCCUGUAAAUUUCUUCAUCAUUAUCAUGAUUAUGCCACUUUGGACCAGUGUAUUCAGAUUCAAAGACGGUUUUCUAAAGGUCACAUUUACUUUGAAAUUAGUUGCAACUUGUUACCUACAAAACUGUCAAGCGAAUGCAGGUUUAAAUUUAAAGUGCUAAAAGUCAACGGUACUGUGAAUACGGAUACACAGAGAUUAAACUACCAAUCUCAAUACUUCACAACUCCAGAAUCGGAUUGUCAAAUUAUCAGACCAGGAUCUAUAAUGUCUGAAAUAAACAAGAAGUUCAUUGUUGGUUAUGCCAAACUGGGUACAUCUGGCUGUAAGAAGUGUAAGCAGAAAAUAGAGAAAGGAUCAUUAAGGAUAGGUAAAUUGAGUCCUAAUCCAUUCUCUGAGGAUGGUGGUCAGAUGAAACAAUGGUUUCAUCCUACGUGUUUAUUUGAAACAUUUGCUAGAGCAAGAGCAUCAACCACGAAACUUGAGGAUCCUGAAGACGCUGAAGGUUUUAAUGAUUUACAAGAAGAUGACAAGCAGCUAAUAAAGAAACUUAUAGAAGAUUAUCAAACAAAGAAAGGCAAACCUUCAAAGACUGAAAAACCAGUAGCAGCCAAAAAUGAGAAUUCUUUGAAAAAUUCUGAUGGAAAAACAGAAAAAAGACCUGCAUCUUUAAGUCUUGAUGAUUCCUUUCGCCAAUUUCGACGAUUGUGUGCCAAUAUUGCUGAAGAAAAUAGCUAUCUUGGUAAAACUAAAUUAGUUCAUGAUUUUAUUACCAAAGGAAGUAGUGGAGAUGGUUACCAUGGAGAUCUCAGUGUGUUGAUAAAACUAUUACUUCCUGGUGUAAUGAAGUCAGUUUAUAAUUUAAAUAAUAAACAACUGGUCAAGCUGUUUAGCCAGAUCUUUGCAACAAGUUUGCACAAAAUGAUUGAGGACUUAGAAAGGGGAGAUGUAGCAGAAACUAUCAGACUUUUUUUUGAAGAAAGUAAAGCUGUGGUCCCUCUACAGAAAAGUGAUCUGACACUACAAGAGGUGAACAAAUUCCUGCAUGAACUUUCUCAGUUGACAAAGGAAGAGGACCAACAGAGGAUUCUGACCAAAGUUGCUAAAAGAAGCACAGCUAAUGACCUUAAAAUGUUUGUAAGACUUAUUAAACAUGACUUGAGGAUCAAUGCAGGAGCUAAACAUAUUUUAGAUGGUCUUCACCCUGAUGCAUAUGCUGCUUUUCAAACAUCACAUGAUCUAGAAGAUGUCAUUCAACGCGUGAGUCAGCUCAGUCAUGUCAAGCCUGGCAUGAGUACUAAAUUAAGUGUUGAAGCUUCACUUAUGACACCUGUAUUGCCUAUGUUGGCUGAGGCUUGCAGAUCUGUGGAACAAGCAUUUAAAAAAUCUCCAGAUGGAUUUUUUGCAGAAAUCAAAUAUGAUGGAGAGAGAGUACAGCUUCAUAAGCAAGGAAAUGAAUUUAAAUAUUAUAGUCGCUCUUUGAAACCUGUAUUGGCUCACAAGGUACAGCAUUUUAAAGACUUUAUACCAAAAGCUUUCCCAUCCAGCAAUGAUUUGAUCCUUGAUGCAGAAGUUCUUUUGGUAGAUAAUAAAACAGGAAAUCCAUUACCAUUUGGCUCUCUCAAUGUUCACAAGAAAGCCAAGUUUCAAGAUGCUACAGUCUGCCUGUUUGUAUUUGACUGUCUAUUGAUUAAUAAUGAAAACCUUAUGAACAAGCCUAUCAAAUUUCGAAGGCAAAUCUUGGAGGAUAACAUGACUCCUGUAAAAAACCACAUUCACCUUUCUGAGACCAAGUUGAUCACUGUAGCUGAUGAUCUUCAGAACCUAAUGGCAAAAGUAUUUAAUGAAGGAUUAGAAGGUCUUGUGUUGAAAGAUAUUAAUAGUAUUUAUGAACCAGGAAAACGUCAUUGGCUGAAAAUAAAGAAAGAUUAUCUCCAUGAUGGAAGUAUGGCUGACUCAGCAGAUUUGGUUGUACUUGGAGCAUAUUAUGGCACUGGAAAUAAAGGUGGAAUGAUGUCUAUAUUUCUAAUGGGCACUUUUGAUCCUGAUAAGCAACGGUGGGUUACAGUAACAAAAUGUGGCAUAGGUUUUGAUGAUAAAAAACUUGAAGAACUUAAUAAAGAGCUUGAUAUGGUCAAGAUAAGUAAAGAUAUGAAUCUUGUUCCUCAGUGGCUUGAACUCAAUAAGCCUCUCUGUCCAGAUUUCGUCGUGAAAGAUCCAACUAAAUCCCCUGUUUGGGAAAUUAUUGGUGCAGAGUUUAGUCAGUCUGAGCUACACACUGCUCAUGGAAUAUCUAUUCGAUUUCCUAGAGUCCAGAAAUUUAGGGAUGAUAAAACUUGGAAGGAAGCCACAGAUUUACCAAGAUUAAAGAAACUAUUUGAAGACUCCAAGAAAAAGACUGAUUUAAAUUUAAUGAAAGCUAUUGGAGCUAAAAACACUAUCACACAAGAAACAACUUCUGAAAAUGACUGUCAUUUAGUUAGCCAACCAAAAAGUAGAAAACGUCCUUUAGAAAUCAAUCAAGAAAAUACAGCAGAAAACAAAAAGACGCUGUUGAACAUUUUUCAUGGUUGUAAAAUUUUGCUUCCAUGUGACACUCCUGAGUACAAACAACUAAAACGCUACAUCAUAGCUUUUGAUGGAGACAUAGUGCCUGAAUUUGAUGUGAAGUCUGCCACUCAUAUUAUAGGCUCAAGCAAGGUUGUUUGCACAAAUGAAACAGUUCCUGUUGUAUCAACUGACUGGCUUUGGACUUGCAUAAGAGAGAAAAAGCUUAUCAGGGUAGAUGCUUUUAAAGUCAAGGAAAUAAAGUAGUUUGGCUUGAACA